AAAAAAAUACUCUUUUUUUUUUGUGAACGCUUCGAUUCCAAAAUUUUACGUAAUUUCAAUUGUGAUUUGCCGUUGAUUGCUCGCAAUUGUUUUUAAACAGAAACAAGCGAAAAUGUCGCUAAUCCGUCAGGUGUUGUGCCGUACAGCGCCCACAAUGCAGUUCACCGCCCGUCGCUGGGCAUCCUCGCAGGAUGUGGCGCCCAUCGAUCCGAACACGGCGCUGGCACGCCCCGAAGAGCUGGAGCAACGCAACAAGCUGAGCGGCAAGAUAACGGUGCCCGUUGACGUCAAUCUCGGCCCCAUCUCGGGCGUGCCCGCCGAGCAGCUGAAGGAGCGACGUGUCCGCAUCCAUAUACCGCCCAAAAAUGCCAUGCAGAGCGGCACAGACAACAUCAACACCUGGCUAAUUGAGUUCGAUAAUCGCGAACGCUGGGAGAAUCCCCUCAUGGGCUGGGCCUCCACCGGCGAUCCGUUGUCCAAUUUGAAUGUGCAGUUUGGCACCAAGGAGGAGGCGAUCACAUAUUGCGAGCGCAACGGCUGGCGCUGGUACGUCGAUGGCGAGCUGAAGCCAAAGAAGGAGCGCGUCAAGAACUAUGGCGUCAACUUCUCCUGGAACAAGCGCACGCGCGUCUCCACCAAAUAAAUUGGCAGCCCGAAUGGAAGCCGAAAAUUGCGCAUUAUAA